AUGGUCUCGAGUUUGUUAGCUUUGUCGUUGUUCCUGUUUGUGGGUGCCGGACUCUCGGUGGCCGAUACCCCGGUGAGUUGCAUGUACGAAGAUAUCAGAGGGAAGUGGGUGUUUUACGUUGGGAAUGGUGGCUACGACAACAACAUCAACUGCUCGACUAUGGGCUAUGAAGUUUCAAAAAUUUUGUUUCAAUACAAAUUAGAACUCAAGUACCCCAACAUUGUCAUUGAUGAGUUCAACAACGAAGGAACUUGGACCAUGAUUUAUGAUGAGGGCUUUGAAGUGACAAUUCAUAAUCGAAAAUUCUUUGCCUUCUCGAAAUUCACUGGUAAUAUGUUCAACUCGACGAGCUUCUGCAACGAAACAUUUCCUGGCUGGUCCCACGAUGUCUUUGGCCGGGAUUGGGCUUGUUAUUACGGAAACAAAAUGGCGGGGGAUGCUGCUAAGUCAUCAGAGAGUGGUGAACUGGCUGGCAGCCAGCCAGUGGGAGAACGUCUUUACAGGUCGGACCCGUCUAUGAUUGAAAAGAUCAAUUCUGAUUCGUCGAUACUCUGGUGGGCGGCGCCUUAUGAGAAAUUUGAAAAGAUGACAGUGAAUGACAUGAAGUCUAUAACUGGAGGGCAUAAUACUAAAAAAUUGAGACCACCUAAGCUGAAUAAGCAACCAAACACAAACGACAACAACAUACCCGAUCUGCCUGACAAUUGGGAUUGGAGGAAUGUUAGUGGCGUUAAUUACGUCACACCAGUAAGAAAUCAAGCGGUUUGUGGUAGUUGUUAUGCUUUUUCCUCUGUUGGUAUGUGUGAAUCAAGGCUGGCCAUUGCUACUGGCAACCAAGUCAAGGUCAUAUUCUCGCCUCAAGAUAUUUUAGACUGCAGUAGUUAUUCUCAAGCUUGCGAUGGCGGUUUCCCCUACUUAGUUGCAGGCAAAUAUGCCGAAGAUUUUGGCCUGGUUGAAGAAAAGUGCAAUCCGUACCAGGAAUUCGAACGGGAGACGUGCGAUAAAGUUGCGAGACAAAAUUGCACUAAGUAUUACUUCACUGGUUACCAAUACAUUGGCGGGUAUUUUGGAGGUUGCACGGAGCAAUUAAUGAGGGAGGCUCUAGUAAAGCAUGGACCUAUGUCAGUUGCAUUCCAAGUAUAUGAUGAUUUUGUCCAUUACAAAGGGGGCAUCUAUCACCACACAGGAUUGUCGAACAGAUUCAUUCCAUUUGAAUGGUCCAAUCACGCUGUCUUAUUGGUCGGGUAUGGACGUGAUGAGAAGACGAAGACCAACUAUUGGAUAAUUAAAAAUAGCUGGGGUGAGGAGUGGGGAGAGAAGGGGUAUUUUAGAAUCAAGAGAGGAACCGAUGAAUGCGCCGUUGAAUCCCUCGCAUCCCAAACGUUCCCGAUUUUUUAA